AUGGCGUCCCUGGAUGACCUCUACGCCGUCUCCAGACGAUUGUGUUUCGACGUCGAGGAAGGUUUGAGUCGCAUGGAGCGAGAGGAGAGAAACGGACACUCGAGCGGUGCGAGCGGGAGCUCGAGGCACGACGCGCUGGGAAGGGAGCUGCGGCAUCGCGUGAGCGAGCUGAAGAGAAUCACGAGCGAGAUGGAGCGACAGUGGCGAGCGAUGGCGAUGACGGCGUCUAUAUCGAAGAGUGAUACGUGGAAGAGGAAAGUUGAACACGUGAUCGAGGAGACGGAUCACUUGGAGAUGAGUUUACAGAGGUUUGCAAGAGGAGAAGAGAGGCGCAUGAAUGAACAAAAAGAGCGCGAGGACCUGUUGCGACGGGUGAAGGAAGACUCGGGGUUUCGCUCGCUCGUGGGGGAGUACGAUGCGGAAUCUGGAGCUAGAAAGUCUGCGCAACGUUCGUCGUCAAUGGUGGACGAGUUACUGGAGACCGGAGCGAGUGUGCUUGGUAACUUGGGUGAGCAAAGUGCCACUUUGCGAAAUGUCAAGCGCAAAAUGUUCAGCGUGCUGGACAAAAUGGGUGUGUCCACGAGUUUACUCAGAGUGAUCGACAGAAGACAGCGCUUGGAUGCUAUUUUAGUAUACGGAGGCAUGUUCUUCACAGUGGUCUUCUGUUUCAUUGUAUGGUGGAUGUUCUCGCGAUGA